GUUAAAAAUAAAUAAGCUUGUAGAGCAGCGUGAACAAGGAGAAAUCAACAUGACAGAUGAAGAAAUUUAUGCAAAAGUUAAACCCAAAGGUAAAAAUGAUCGUGAUCGUGGAAAGGGAGUAAGUCCGUCCAUUACUUCCUUGUUUGGGUCGUUUAGUGAAGGAGAGAAAUUUCGCAAAGAGGCUGAAGAGGCAAAGAAGGAAGCUAAUGAGGCUAAAAAAGAAGCUCACGAAGCUAAGGCAAAAAAUAAAAUGCUCACUAAGGAGGUGAAAAUUUUCAAAAAAGAAGUAAGAAUUAUGAAGGGUGUUAUGGGGAAGUUUUUCAACCUUAUGGGAGGCGAUUUUUCAAAGUUAUUUUUGAAUGAGGUUGAAAAGGAGCAUAAAAAAGUCCAUGAUGAUGAUAGUAGUGAUGGUGAUGGUGAUGAUGAUGAUGAUGAUGAUGAUG